CUCUCACCCUCCUCUUCCGCCCCCUCAUUCGUCCGUCUCCUUCUUCUCUCUCACACAAGGCGUGCAACCGUAAUUCCUGUAUUGGACCGCCUGAGACUUCGUUUUACUCUCUUUUGUUUGUCGUCGUUGUUACCACCGCCCAUAAUCGUCGCAUACAUCACAUAUCUCGCCGCGUUGCCGCCAUGCCUAUCCAGCUGCUACCCGCCUCCGCGGCUGCCUUUGCGCCGCGCUCAGCCCCGACCAUCGUCCUCAACAACAAGGUGGAGCCGUGGCUAACGCAGACGCUGAAGCGCACCAACCGAGUCAAGCGCCCGCUCAAUAGCGUGCCCCAGCACUAUCGAUGUCUCACAGAGACCCUCUCCGGCUCCGGUGCCAUCUGGACGCUGUGCUCCAUCAUGCUGCCAAAGGCGCCCGAUGCCGAGCUGCGCAAGGACCAUAACCCAUUGAUUGAGGCCAUGUUCAACUACCAGCUCAUCCACAUCGAGGCCUACGUCGUACACGUCGACAUGGUGUCGCAGCAUGAGGUUGCAUUCAAGCUCACCCCCGAGACCAUUGAGGCCCUCAUCGAGUACCACAAGGACAUCUACUCCGUCGACGUGUCGGCGAGCACCUGGAAUUGGGCCGAGAAGGAGGCCCAGCUGAAGAAGUUGCAGGAGGAGUUUGUGCAGGCCGCCAACCGCUUCGUGUUUCGAACAGGCUCCCGCGCAUUGGAGGGAAUGGAGGAGGAUGGUGCCGGAGAAUUGCUAGAUGGCAGGGGAGAGGACGUCAAGAACUCCAUCAUGGGACUGUUCCUCCCGCUCCUUCCUCCUCCACCCAGGAUCGUCGAUGUCGUCAGGCCCGCGCCGCUUCUCCCAAGCUCCCCCGGAGGCGUUAACUGGUGGCAACCAACCCAGCAUGUCCCACCGCCUCACCCAGCCCCGGUUGAGUCUUGGAGGGUGCUGCCGUCGACACCAAGCCCGACGAUCGCGACCUGCUCCGAGCAGCAGCAGACUUUCUGGACCACCGUGGGCUUCAACGAUAUUCAGUUGCCGUCGCCGACGCCGUCGUUCAGCCAGCCUUUCUACACCUCGAGCCACUAUCACAGCCCUCCUAUGGCGACUGCUCCCAUCCCGAAUCUCCCUCUGCCCAGUGUUCUCGCGCAGCAAUGCGGGUCGAGCGCUAUGCACACGGGCUACAGCGGGUUCGGAUGGGGCAAUGAGUUCGCACCGCAGUAUGCCGCCUUCACGUAGGCGCCUACAGCAGCGCUCAGACGUCAAACCUUAACCGGAGCUGUGAUGAGCUCGUGGCUUCACUUCUGCUCCCCCCUUUACCGCGACCAGGCCCCUGCGCAGAGCCUUACGACGCCCUACACGAGACGAGAUAUGCGAUGUUGCACGAAGUGAUGUCUAUCGAACAUCCACAAUACAGCAUGGGCCGGAGUUUCAUCGAUUUAGCGACUGCUUUACUCUCUUCUCUCGUACAAAUUUC